AUGGGCAAAAGCACCGCGAGGGCAGCAGCUCAGGAAGAUCAGUGUGCCCUGACCACAGCCGGUGCCCAGGUGGGCGCGGUGGGCUCGGGUCAGCCGUGCACACUGACCACUCUCGAUGCCCCAGGUGAUAGCGAGCCGCUGCUCUCACCUUCCACCUCCAAGGCUCGGGGUCCCCGGGGCUCGCCACUCCCUCUCCUGUCCACCAGAGGGGGCGGGGGUGGGGAUGAGCUGGAGCCACGGGGGGCCGGGGCUGACCAGCUGGGCAACAAAUGGUCGGAGGCGGGAGGCGUGAAGCGCGAGGCGGAGCGCGGAGGGGGAGGGACGGGCGCUUCCGUGGCUGAGGCGGAGAGGAGCCGGCGGCGGCGGCGGAGACAGCGGAGGGGCUGGGGCAGCGCGACCGGGGGCCGUCUCGUCCUCCACCCUCCGAGCCGAUCCGCGCCCCCCGCCCGCCGCCGCUGCCUCUGCCCCGGGGACACCCCCGCACCGGCCGGGACGCGGACGCCCAGGAGGCGGCGAGAGGGAGAGCUGGGGCCGGGGCCCAGAGGCGACUCCGGGGAGGUUGCCAUCACAAAAGCCAAAGUGGAUUUCUCCGGUGUGGUGUGCCUGCCCCCUUCCGUCGUUGCUGUAAAUGGGCUGGACGGAGGAGGGGCUGGCGACAACGAUGAUGAGCCAGUGUUGGUGGCCCUGGCUGCGGCACCAAGCCCCCAGAGUGAAGCUGUUGCCAAUGAGCUUCAGGAACUUACCCUGCAGCCUGAGCUGACCCUAAGCCUACAUCCUGGCAGGAAUCCCAACCUGCCUCCACUCAGUGAGCGGAAGAAUGUGCUCCAGUUGAAGCUUCAGCAGCGACGGACUCGGGAGGAGCUGGUGAGCCAAGGGAUCAUGCCGCCUCUGAAAAGUCCAGCUGCGUUUCAUGAGCAGAGAAGGAGCUUGGAACGGGCCCGGACAGAAGACUAUUUGAAACGAAAGAUCCGUUCGCGGCCAGAGAGAUCAGAGCUGGUCAGGAUGCACAUUUUGGAAGAGACCUCAGCUGAACCUUCCCUCCAAGCCAAACAGCUAAAACUGAAGAGAGCCAGGCUGGCCGAUGACCUUAACGAGAAGAUAGCCCAGCGGCCAGGCCCCAUGGAGCUGGUGGAGAAGAACAUCCUUCCGGUGGAGUCCAGUCUGAAGGAGGCCAUCAUUGUGGGACAGGUCAAUUAUCCCAAAGUGGCUGACAACUCUUCUUUUGAUGAGGAUAGCAGUGAUGCCUUGUCUCCUGAGCAGCCAGCCAGCCAUGAGUCCCAGGGGUCAGCGCCGUCACCACUGGAGGGCCGAGGCAGCGAGCCCCUGGCCACCUCGAUUUCUGUGUCUCCUCCUCAGGUGGUAUCCCAGCUCCAAGUGUGCCCUGACUCCAGUGAACCCGCUUUCCUGGCAGAGCAGCCGUCUUCUCUGCCAACUCCACCUUUGAUGCCACCCAGCCUUCCCAAUGGAGGGACUGCGCCCACUGCCAAGCCCACCCCAACACUCAUCAAGCAAAGCCAGCCCAAGGCCCCAGGGGAGAAGCCCCCACGCAGCAAGAAGGCCAAGGAGUUGAAGCCCAAAGUGAAGAAACUCAAGUACCACCAGUACAUUCCCCCUGACCAGAAGCAGGACAAGGGGGCACCGCCAAUGGACUCCUCCUAUGCCAAGAUACUGCAGCAGCAGCAGCUCUUCCUCCAACUCCAGAUUCUCAACCAGCAACAGCAGCACUACAAUUACCAAACCAUCCUGCCAGCCCCUCCCAAGCCUGUGGGUGAGCCCCAGGGUAGCAGCAGCCCCGCCUCCUUGCGCACUCUCCCCACUGCCCUGGGCAGCUCGGCCUCUGGCCCACCUGGGCCCAGUGGUCUUGUGCGCCAGAACUCUGUGACUGGCAAGCUGGGCCCCCUGCCCUCCAACUUGGAUGAUAUGAAGGUGGCUGAACUGAAGCAGGAGCUGAAGAUGAGAGCGCUGCCUGUCUCGGGCACCAAGACAGACCUGAUCGAGCGCCUCCGGGCCUAUCAAGAGCACGCGGGGGUCCCUGGCCCUGCCUCAGGAGCCCUCAAGCCUGGGGCUGCCCCUAUCCUCGCCAAAGCUGGGGAUGUGGUGGUGGCCUUCCCUGCGGCCAGGCUGAGUGCAGGGCCCGCCCUCAUGGCUGCAGGCCUGGCGCCCACCGAGGUCGUCGUGGCCACCGUGACCAGCAACGGGAUGGUGAAGUUUGGCAGCACCGGCUCGACACCCCCCGUGUCUCCUACGCCCUCGGAGCGCUCCCUUCUCAGUGUGGGGGACGAGAACUCCACAGGUGGUGGAGGUGAUGCCUUCGGGGACAUGGUGACCUCGCCCCUGACACAGCUGACCCUGCAGGCGUCCCCAGUGCAGAUCCUGGUGAAGGAGGAGAGCCCCGUGGCCCGGGUUGAGCGUGGCGGCCAAGACCUGGAGAGCCGUGACAAGGACCAGAUGCUGCAGGAGAAGGACAAGCAGAUCGAGGAGCUCACGCGGAUGCUGAAGCAGAAGCAGCAGCUGGUGGAGAUGCUGAGGCUGCAGCUGGAGCAGGAGAAGCGUGCCCAGCAGGUGGCCCCCUGCCCACCGCCCCCCGCCCUUCUGGCCCAGGUGAAGCAGGAGGAGGGCUUCUCCAGCUGCCAGCUCACGGGGCUGUCCGCAGAGCCCAGUGUCGAGCCGGUGCUGGCAGUGACGGUGAAGCAGGAGGCGGUGCCCGAGGAGGAGCCUCCCAGCUGCCUCCUGGCACCAGACCUGAGCAGCCUCCUCCCAGGGCCUCCCCCAGCGCUCGUCACGGAUGCCACAGGGACCCACAUUGUCUUCACCGUGACCAAGCAGGACACGGAGGACUCGGCUGACGACGAGCCUGGAAAAACUGGCAGUGGCCAGAGCCCCUCCCAGGGUCCACCCAGUCCAGGACCUUCCCCCCUUCUGCCCUUCUCGGUGCCCCCUGGCCUGCAGUCAUUCUUUCCAAAUGGCUUCCACAAGACUGCCUUGAAAGCCAGUAUGGCUGCCCCCGGCAGCCUACCCAAAAAGGCCUCGUCAGAGCCCAGUUCACCAGUGGCCCUCCAGACUUCCCAAAUGGACCUGGACCACCAACCCCAGGCCCUGUUUGAGGCAGCUCCUGGGGCCAGCCCCCUACCCGCCCUGGUGAAGAAAGAGCCCCCCGGCUAUGACGAGGCCGUGAAGCAGCAGCCCAAGCCCCAGGAGGUAAAUGGUUCCUCAAGCCAGCAGAUGGACGAUCUCUUUGACAUCCUUAUUCAGAGUGGAGAAAUUUCAGCUGACUUUAAGGAGUCCUCGCCCUCACCUGGGAAGGAUUCAAGCCCAGCCCUGCCCUGCCCUUCCCCAGCGACCCCCCAGCCUCCUCCCGAGCUGCCCCUGCCCCUGGGCAGCAGCCCCGGCCCAGGCCGCCUGGAAGACUUCCUGGAGAGCAGCACAGGGCUGCCCCUGCUGACGGGGGGGCAGGAAGGACCCGAGCCUUUGUCCCUCAUUGAUGACCUGCACAGCCAGAUGCUGAGCAGCUCCGCCAUCUUGGACCACCCGCCCUCCCCCAUGGAUACUUCUGAAUUGCACUUUGCCCACGAGUCCAGCACCAACCUGAGUUUGGACUUGGCCGAGGGCCACCUGGACAGCAUGGACUGGUUGGAGCUGUCGGGAGGGCCCGUCCUCAGCCUGGCGCCCCCUAGCAACAUGGCCCCCAGCCUCUUCUCCACAGACUUCUUGGACGGCCACGAUCUGCACCUGCACUGGGAUUCCUGCUUGUAGCCUCUAGCUUCCAGGGAUGGCCCUGAGCAGCCCCUACCAGCUGCCCCCUGCCUGGUGAGCUGGGACCAGAGCUGGGGGCAUCCCUGGGUGCCCCAGUGACAACGGCUGCACCGGGGGCUUUCCUGGGUGGCCUCGGGCCAGGCUGGGGAAGUUGCUAUUGGCCUCUAUUUUCGAGGCCUGAGGUGCCAUGCUUUUAUCCAGGGCAGGACUGGGCAAGGAUCAGACCUGCCUACCCAGCUCCUGACCCUUUCUCCUCAGGGAGGAAACCCCCUGGGCCUCCGGCCUCCUGGGCAGUCCUCGUGUGGUGGUCGUACACCCGAGAAAUGGUCUGUACAGGUGUAAAUAGCUCAAUAUUAUAUAUAUAUAUAUACAUAUAUAUAUAUAUUCUAUACGUACAUCUCUCUUUUUGGUGAGAGGCGGUUGAGGCUCCUUAUUCUUCCCCCCACUCCCCUUCUCCCUGGCACCGUGGCAGGUGCGUCCCAGGGAGCCCCUCACCCAGCCUUGCUUUUUGACCGGACACACCCCAGCCUUGCAUCUUUGGUUCUUAAUCAGUGCCACAAGGGCAGAGGCACCCCGGGGCCCAGCCCCCGUGUCUUCUGUCCACUCGCCUCAAUGCAGCAAACACUGGCAGGGCUGGGCCCAGGGCCCCCUCGCUGCCCCCCCCCCCCCCCAAGCCCUGGGGCUGGAUGAUGGUUGAACAGCUGGCAGGAAAGAGUUUUUUCGUUUUUUUAUAAAUAAAAACACACUAGCGCUUUAAGGUAAUGUCCUACCUCAAGGCACCUCCUGGAGGGGGUGGGGGGCAGAGGAGAGAACGCCCCCCUCCCCCCAAGGACGUGGCAGGAGCUGAAGGCAGUGUGGUG